AUGGACUCUAAUGAAAACAAUAACUCCGUUUUACAGGAAACACAGCAAUUUUCUCCUGUACGCUUAAGCUUUGUUGAUGAAAAAGAAGCUAAAGAAAUAUCGAUAACAAGGAGAAAAAGCUCAGUUGCUAGUUUGACCAGCUAUCUGUCAGACAAUAGCUCUCAAAACAGCCCAGUUUCAAAAUCUAGAACAAGCCUAACUGCGCAGCCUGUAAGGCUCAUCACUAACUCAAAUAAUAAUAUUGGCCUAGAUAAAUCUAGAUUUAUUUCCCAAGUGGACGAGCACUUUAUAUGCAAACUCUGCUCUUAUGUUGUAAGGGACCCAGUCGAAUGUGACUGCUGUGAAAAUUUAAUAUGCCAGGACUGCUGGUUUAACUUUGGCCACUGCCCUCAUGGCUGCUCAGAAUUUGCAACAAAAAAGCUUGCCAAAUAUGCGGCAAGCGUAUACUCAAAUUUUACAUUAAAAUGUAAAAACCACAUCCUUGGCUGCCCUUACUCAGGACCCAUCUCUAAAAUUCUUUCGCAUGAAGAAGACUGCUUAUACGUAUUUAUAAAGUGCCAAAACCCUCUCUGUGAAAAGCAGCUUCUCAAGGCUGAAAAAUACGAAGAUCCUGAUUCCUUGCUGAUUUGCAAAAAUAAAAUGGUAACGUUGACAGAAGAUAUGAAAAUUUCCCAUAGAUGGCGCUGUUUGCCCUUGAUUUGCCCACUGGGGAAAUUUUUUGGUUUGACUAGUCCGAUAUGGUUUGGUCAAACCAAAAAGUUUUUCUCAUGGGCAAAUCAAGGGCAAACAGCGCCAUCUAUGGGAAAUUUCUAUAGACUAUGAGACAAACUCUUUAUGGAGCAGGUAGGAUCAGUCCCGAUGAAGCUAAAAUUAAUGCGUCUGUCCCUCUUUGAAGUAGGCAUUUGGUUUUGGAAGUUUUUAUUUUUCUCCCGAAGGUUUUCAUGUCCAUACCAGAUGGGCUAGACAGGCUUUCCCACACAUUUAUCUUAGCUUAUUGGACUAGCGGGGCAUCCACAAGAGUUGGUUCUAACCUAGGGCUAAUCCUUAAGCUAAUUGGAUUUAUGCCAGAUAGGAAGGCUAGUAGUCUAUCCGUUUAUGGCCUUAUAAUUUUAACUUAACUUUGCUAGUUUGCUGUGAUACAUGCAGGCAUAUUGUUGAGUUUUCUAAUGAAAACUUUGAAGAUCCAAUAGACGUGCUGAAGAGCUUUGCUUAUCAUUUAGAUGAAGCAAAAAAGAUAAUAGAAGCUGAAAUCCAAGAAAAAAUGAAAGAAAAAAUACAGAAAAUUGCAAAGGAUAAGAAAUUAAUUACAGAAGCAAACUCUGAAAAUGAAAGACUGCAGGAGAAGAUACACAAGAGGAUAAGCUUUUAUCACUCUGGAAGAUGGAACGUUAAUAGCAGACUUUGGAGCUGCUGUGGGAAUACCAAUAAAUAUGCAAAUGGGUGCCGAGAAAUUGAUUAA